AAUACCCUUGAAGGACUCGCCUUCGAAAUGACGAGCAGUUGGAGAGAGAUGACAACGGGAACAUCGACGAUGGCAACGGGAACUUUGACGCAGGCGUACGGUGAGCCAUCGUACUGGGAUAACAGAUAUGCCAAUGAAUCAGCGCCGUUCGAUUGGUAUCAGAAGUAUGCUUCCUUGGCUCCUGUCAUCAAUCUCUACAUCCCUCGUCACCUAAAUCCUCGAGUCCUUGUCAUUGGAUGUGGCAACUCAGCAUUUAGCGAAGGAAUGGUGGAUGAUGGAUAUGAGGAUGUGGUGAACGUUGACAUAUCCUCUGUGGUUAUCAAUGCUAUGCAGAACAAGUAUUCUAAUCGUCCUCAACUGAAAUAUAUUCAGAUGGAUGUCCGAGAUAUGAGUGCUUUUCAAACAGGUUCCUUUGAUGCUGUUAUUGAUAAAGGAACUCUAGACUCAAUCAUGUGCGGAGAGCAGAAUGCUGUUUCAAUGCUUGAAGAAACUUGGAGGGUCCUCAAGGAUAAAGGAGUCUAUAUUCUGAUUACUUAUGGAACUCCAGCAUCUCGCCUGCGCUUGUUAAAAGAAUCAUGCUUGUGGAGGACAAAACUCCACGUGAUAGAAAAGCUUUUGUCAGGAAGAGUCUCCCAGCACCCAAUAUGGGAAUUGACAAAUCCUGUUCCACUUGAUGAUGAUGGAAAUUCAGCGGAAGCAGCACUUGGAAAGAACCCUGAUGUCCAUUACAUUUAUGUUUGUACUAAGGACGAAUCUAUGAAGUCAGCCCAAAAGCAUGAUGAAUCUGUGAAGUCAGACCAAAAGAAAGGUGAAUCUGUGGAAUCAGACCAAAAGAAUGGAGUGGAAACUGAGUAAGAAGUAUUAGAGGAUGUUUCAGCCCUUAGGUGUAGUGGUGCAUGAAGCAUGUUGCAUUGUGGGCUUUGGAUCACUUGUAUUGCAAGAGGCUUAUUUCAUGCUUUGAACCUACAAUCUCCGGGUCACAAUGAAGUGAUGUACUGUCGCACCAAGACUCAACCUGAGCCAACCUUUUGCAAUGCAGCUUUUAAUUUCUUGUUUUUGAAGUCUUAUGUUGUAGUAAUAAUUGUGGGUUCAAAAUAGGUUGUUUGUAUUGUGAUUAGCCAUGAGUUCAUUUUAGUCUUGAACUGAAAACCUUGAUGGGAUUGGGAUUGUUGUGUAAUGGUAAAUUCUGAAUGUUUUAAGUGUUAAAUUUGCUGAAACAACAACAUAUGUAAUCUUUUACUGCUACCCAUUUGUUUUUUCUUCUCACUAGAUUAGAUUGGCUCG